UGCUCUUCCGGAUCUCAGAAAAAAAGAAAAUGCAGUGUUUUAACUGUGGAGGGACAGACAGUUUAAUCUUCUUAUCCAGGAACAUUGAUGUUCCAAGUUUGAGGCAGACGGGGGCACAGAGGUCAGGGGGUGAGAGUCUCGAAGCAUGCAGUGUCAUUUUUUCAGUUUAAAUUUUGAUUGUAAAUUAGGAUUAUUCAUUAUUUUAUGAAAAUACAUAUUUCAUCAAACUCAGUUUACUGUAAGUAAGAGAGAAAAAUAAAGACAACAGUGGUGACAGUUGCAGAUCAUUACAGGAAUAUUUAGAAUUGGAAGCAUCCAACUAACUCAAAAGGUGUUACUUUAUCUUGGGAAUCAUUGUAUUUGUCAAUUAUUUUAUCUUCAAUUCAUUCACUCUCCCUACUGGCCACACAGAGAAGUAAUACAUUUAAUAUAAAACCUCAAAGAAGCAGCAGUAUUUUUUACAGCAUCCUUUUAUAUACCAGAAAUGUUUUCAUCCAUCUACAGUUUACAAUCUGAAAUGCUAUUAAACUCACCAUAUGGCUCUGGCAUGGAACUACCUGCCGUCUGAAGAAGAACUGCGCUUUUACAUUCAUGCUAAAAAGUAUGGAGGACUAAAAGGGAAAAAAAUUAAUAAAUAAAUACAUAAUGAAAUAAUCAAUUAAAUGUAUCAUCAAUUAAUUUUAAAAAAGCUGUUAAAAAGCUGAAAAAGGGUGUUUUUCGUUCUUCUGUUGUUUCGCGCUCCGGUCAGUGGGUGGCGGUAAUGCAUCUCUUGCGGUCUUACGGACCACCCUCAAACAGAAGAAACGAAGAAGAUAAAGCCGGCUCCUGAUUGGUUGAGUGGAAUGUGGCAUGUUUUGAAUCCAGCCCGACACAAAUUCAUCAGGACUCUGCAAAGAGAGAACGUCCUCUACGGCCACUGACCUGGUUAUCAGAGACCAUGCGUCACGACACAUCCGCCAGCCGUAGGAAGGGCAAAGCUCCUCAGCGCCGCCCCAGGCAGCCGGAUCCGGAGCCGCAGCCGUCGACGUCUGGUCUUCAGAGCCCGAGGCGGCGGACCGGUGGACGGGCGCCUGCAGAUCGGCCUCCGGCCACGCCGAGGAGGAAACGUUUCCGUCCUGGAACCCGGGCCCUGAUGGAGAUUCGUAAAUUCCAGAAGAGCACCAACCUCCUGCUGAGGAAGGCCCCCUUCUUCCGCCUGGUUCGCGAGGUCUGCCAGAUGCAGUGCUCCGUGCCGCUGCGCUGGAACGUGUACGCACUCCUGGCCUUGCAGGAGGCAGCAGAAGCGUUCCUCGUCAUGCUUUUGGCGGACGCCAACCUGUGUGCCAUCCACGCCAGGAGGGUCACCAUCUACCCUCGAGAUAUCCAGCUGGCCCGGAGGAUCCGUGGCCAGGACCACCUGUGAAUUUCGACGUGUUCCACACCUGCCGGGGGGGGGUUUAACACGGCUUUCUGAACAUGUUUGUGUUCAGAAUGGUUUUAAGGUGACAUUUAAAGCCACAAGACAAAUUAAGACAAAUAAGUCAAAGUUUGUAAAGUGUUCAGUUAUUUCUUCAGAGUUUAUUUUUCUAAUAUUCUGUUUAUCACUGUAAUGUUGUUGUU